UAAUAACAAACUAAAACUAAAUAUUAAUUCUUCAAAAAGCUCAGUUAUGACUUUUGGUAAAAGUCAAUGUAAUGUUCAAGUUAAAUGUAAUAAUGAAAUCAUCUCACUAGUAAAUGAACAUAAAUUUCUAGGUAUAGUUUUAGAUAACAAACUUAAAUUUAAUGUACAUAUAGAUUAUAUAUGUAAUAAAGCUUACAAGCGACUCAAUAUAUUGAGAUGUUUAGCAGGAGUUUUUUGGGGUGCUGAUCCAAAAAUUCUCUCAAUGUUGUAUAAAAGUUUAGUUAGGAGCCACUUUGACUAUAGUUGCUUAGCAUAUAUUAAUGCUAGCGCUAGUCUUCUAAAAAAGUUAGAUAUCAUUCAAAAUCAAGCACUGCGCAUUAUAACUGGUGCGAUGAAAUCCACCCCUAUAAACUCAAUGGAAGUUGAAACUUAUAUUCCUCCUUUAUUCUUGAGACGACUCAUGUUAGCUAAGAAAUACUUUGUUAAGAUGAUUGCAAUUAAGUCCUCACUUCCUGUAAGAAAACUUAAAGUAUCUGAGGAAAUAACUAGUUUAUUAGAUUCUUCUGUAAUAACAUCACAAAUUAUUUCUACAAGGAUUUUGCCACAGAUGCCGACUUUGUUACAGUUGGUUUUAAAUAUGACAAAUGACAUUUAUUCUAGUGAUCUAUGGCCAAUUUAUGACAACUUUGAAGGUUCUCUAGAGAAAAAAUAUUUGGUAACAACUGGAGACAUCUAUGGUAAGACCGACUUUCUCAGUUUUAUAGAAAAGAAAACAGACUUUUACAAAAUCUAUACAGAUGGGUCGAAAACUAUAGAUGAGGUUAAAUCGGCUUAUUAUGAUGAAUUUCUGGAUGUUACCAAAUGUUUUAUAAUCAGUAAUAUGUGUUCUAUCUACACAGCCGAAUGUUAUGCUGUUUAUAUGGCAUUACAAUAUAUAAAAACUUUGUCAUAUAGGAAUUGCUGGAAAUGAGAGGGCGGAUACAGCCUCUAGAGGACCACCAGAUGAGGAUCAUAAGGACAUCAUAAAAGUGCCAUUUACAGACCUCUUUUUGACUGUCAAAGAUGAAAUGUUUGAGCUAUGGAAAAGAAUCUGGAAUAUAGUAAAGGUUAAUAAGGGUAAAUGGUACAGUGACAUAAAGAAAGAUUUUUCAAUCCCAUGGUAUUACACUGUACAGUUUGAAUCAAGAAAAUUCACAUCAGUAAUAACAAGGAUGAGAUUUGGACAUUGCUUGGUCCCCUCCCACCUCCAUAAAUUAAGAAUUUUAGAUGAUGCAAAAUGCCCCAAAUGCUUAGAAAAUGAUGCUGACCUCAAACAUAUAAUCUUUGAUUGCAAAGCACUAGGUCUGGACAGAAUUUUACUCUGCUCUGAAAUAGAUAAAAUUUGUAAAGAUGAAGAUAUAAGUGUACCCCGCCGCC